AUGACCGAAUAUGAUUCGGAUGAGUUGUUGCGGCUGUUACAAGGUGUGGAACCUGAUUCCGACUUUGAUGUUGAAUGGGAAAGCACAUCAGAAGAGGACGAUAAUGAGGUGGAGAUCUCGUGGUCGGCGGCGGAGGUGCGCGCGGCGUGCUGCGUGGACGAGCGGCGCCUGGAGCUGCGCGUGGCGCUGCAGCGCGCGCACCCGCUGCGGCCGCCGCGCCUCGACGCCGGCGCCGCGCCCGCGCUGCCCGGCCGGCCCGCGCACUGGCUGGCGCUGUACCUGGCGGCCGGCGGCCGGCUGCGCGGCGCGCUGCGCCUGUGGGCGGGCGCCGUGAGCGCGCGCGUGGCGGCGGCGCCGCAGUGCUACAUCUGCUACUGCCGCCUGCACCCCGCGUCGGGCCGCCUGCCGCGCGUGCCCUGCCACCAGUGCAAGAACAAGUUCCACAACGUCUGCCUGCGCAAAUGGUUCGCGACGAGUAACAAAUCCAACUGUCCGCUGUGCAGAGCGGCGUUCUGAUGCACUCCGCUGCCCCCCACCCGACGUAUCGAUGUACGACGACCUGUCUGUACGGACCCCCACUGUGUAUCAUAUGUAUAUACUCGAACCACUUAUGAUCCCGUAUGUACCGUAAACCGUAAACGAUUCGACUAGAAAUAAACCUAAUGCGGUAAUAUGCUGUAUUAUUCUUCACGGUGAAGAUUAUUAACAGUUACACAUAUAUGUAUUUUAUUGAAAUAAAAGAAUUUUAAAUUAAAAAACAACAUCCCAUAGUUACGAAUAAAUAAUAUGAUAGAA